AUGAAUCAAGAUGAAACUCUAGAAAAUUCAUCACCAUCAUCAUCCGCUCUACCCAAUUCAACUUCCGAUAUUAAUCCUUCAGCUCCUAUUAUUAACAAUGGUAAUAAGAGUUUCUUUGCAUUUGAAAAGAGUCCCAUCGACAUUGAUAGAGUAAAAUUAAUUCCAACCCAACAUGUUCUCCAAUCUCAAGUUUAUGAAGCCAUUUCCAUGAUGAAUGAUAAGAAUGAUUUAAAUAAUAACAAUAAUAAUAAGGAAAUAUUAUCAUCAUCAUUAAUGUUGAAGAAUUUUCCAUUGUUAGAAUGUAUUCCACGUGUUCCGAUGACAACUUCCUCUCAUCAGAUGGUCUACGUUCCGAAUAUGAGAAGUAUUUUAGUAUGGGGAGGAGCAAAGGUUGAAAUUAGACCUUUGGAUUAUAAUUUAUUGAGUGGAAGAUAUGUUAAUGAUGAGAAUAGUGAGAAGGAGAUUGGAUUGAAUCAUUGGAUUGAUUCGGAUGGAUUGAAGAUUGAUGUUUCUGAAGUGAAUGAUAAUGUCUUGUCGAGUUAUUUGGAUACUUCAUUCUCAUGUUUGGAUUUGAAGAGUGAGAAAUGGGAAACUAGGAUACAUUGCUCUUUUAAAGAGUUUGAAUCAUCUAUUCAAAUGGAAAGUGUUUCACAUGAUGUGGAACAAACAUUGAAAAUAUUUACUUUUUCAUUACAAAAUAGACAGUGGACUUGUUAUAAUUUCAAAGAUACACUCAAUCCUAAUAUCCCUUCUCCACAUUUGAAAGGUCAAGUUGCCACCUAUAGACCACAAACAAACACUAUCCAUGUCUAUGGAGGUCAAUAUAUAGAUGACUAUGAAUUAAUAUCAAACGAUUGUAUUUAUGUUUACAAUUGCACCACUAGUAAAUGGGAAAAUAGGUUGGUACCAGACUUACCUAUUCUAGGUCGUUCCUUUUCCACCUGUGCAUAUUGCAAGAAGGCAGAUUCCAUGUUUGUAUUUGGUGGUGUUCUAAAUGUUAUUGGAGAAUUGACCAAUGAAUUGUGUCAGUACAGUUUUUCAGAAAACCAAUGGACUGUCUACAAAUACGCCUCCUCUAAGCCAAUUAAACCAGUUUAUGGACAUUGUAUGUGCUUAAUUGACGAUCGUUACAUGUUCAUUUAUGGAGGUUGUGAACAAGCAUUGACACCAAUUCCUUCCUCUCAGUGUAUUGUUUUUGACAUUCUUGCUCAGAGAUGGUACGAUUUGAGUGAAGUUUUACAAUUAUUCAAUUCAGUAGAAAAUCCAGCUCAGAUGCCACCUCUCAAUUCUUCAUCAAUAAUUUUCGAUGAAAAUAGUAGAAGAAUUAUCAUUUACGGAGGAAAUGAAAUUGAAAAUGGAAACAAGACUUCCAAUACCAGAUUUUUAUUCUUACUCAAAGAUGGAAAUAACAAUUUAGAAAAUAUGAUUGGAAAACCAAAACUUUCAGAUGUUCUAGUGGAGACCUUAUAA